AUGGAGAGAAUACUCACUGAGGUGAAAAGGUUGAUUAGAGGCCAGGAGAAGACUGCAGUGAGACGGGUUAAAGGACUCCUGGAGCAACUGGAGCAGGAGAUAGCUGAGCUGAGGAAGAGAAGCACUGAGCUGGAGCAGCUCUCACACACAGAGGAUCACAUCCAUUUCCUCCAGUCAGACGUCCUCCAGCUGACAUUGGAUCUGAAUACAGCUCAUCCAGAACUCAGGCUGUCUGAUGGAAACUGGAAGGUGACAGCCACUGAUAAAGCUCAGCCCUAUCCUGACUACUGGAGACAGGUGCUGUGUAGAGAGGGCCUGUCUGGAGUCUGCUACUGGGAGGUAGAGUGGAGCGGUGGAUGGGUUGAAAUAGUAGUGUCAUAUAAAGGGAUCAUCAGGAAAGGAAAGGUCCCAGAGUCUACAUUUCUAGGUAACAGUCAGUCCUGGACUUUGGAGUGCUAUCCCCCC